GGAAGUGAGUGCCGCAGCAUCUAAUCCAAGGUUCCAUUACCACUUAGCAGUGUUAUGCUCCCACCACCAUCGUCGUUCUUGGUGUUCACACAGAUUAUUCUUAUUCCCCUAUCACUAUUAUAAUCUUCUUCUCCAUCUGUUUUAUACAUGACAUUGUGAAAUUGGACUACAACAAUAUUUGGAGGGGGGAGUUCUGGGUAGUCGAUCAUCAUCAGGACUACAAGAUGAAGGCUAGAAAAAACAAUUCCAACAACAUGAACAUGAUGAUGAAUGGCAGUCCUCCUCCACCUCCUCCUCCUCAAAUUGAAGGCAAUGCCUACGCCAACUUCAACCACAACAAUCCUUAUGUUCAAUAUUCCCCAGUUCCCACGUCGAAUUCACCUACCAAGCGUCCCAUAGAUAAGGUGCUUGACACAUUGAAUCAUUGUGGUAAAAGGGUUGAAGGUGCCUCCAGAAGAGCAGACACCAUUACGGACAAUGUCUGGCAUCACUUGAGAAUGAGUCCUAGUCUUGCAGACGCAGCAGUGGCGAGGCUUACUCACGGGACAAAGGCUCUUACAAGAGGGGAUGAUAAAGUAUUCCAGCAAAAAUUUGAGACUGUGAUGCUACAAGAGAAGCUCCUGCAUUCAUAUGCUUGCUAUCUCUCAACUUCUACUGGACCUGUAAUUGGAGUGCUGUAUAUUUCCAAUAAAAGAAUAGCCUUUUGUAGUGAUUUCUGUCACUAUAUUUCCCCAGCGCAUCCGAACACAUAUUUUAAGGUGGUGGUGCAGCUUGAUCAGUUAAGAGCAGUGAAUCCUUCUGCAAACAGAUGGAACCCUUCAGAGAAAUACAUACAGAUAGUAACAAGAGACGGUCAUGAGUUCUGGUUCAUGGGGUUCAUAUCUUAUGACAAGGCCCUCAGUAACCUAACCCAAGCUCUCAACCCUAGUUCUGGUGGAACUCAUCUCAACCCUAAAUAACUUCAGUUAACUUCUAUAUAUUGGAAUGUAAUGCAACAUAUCUUGCAUAUCCAGAGUUCACCUUGUGUUAAAAUUCCAAUAAUGAGAGUACUUUUCCUUGA